AUGAAAUAUGAAAGAUUUACUGAACUUUUUUUCAACUUCAUCAGAAGAUUUUUAUUUCAUUCAGCUUUUUUACUUGUAUUACCCUUGCUAUUUUUUAAUGCUAUCGAAUUAUAACAUCAUAAAUACUUAAAAGAUCAUAACUAUUUAAAAUUAAUUAGAUAGAUUGAUCAACUACCUUCUGAAUAAAGAGAAUCAAUUACUGCGUACCUAAAUAAUGAAUUUGUAUUAUAAUAUCAAAUUUUAUUUUGGAUUCCAUUGUUAUUUGUAGCCAAAGAAUUCUAAGAAAUAUACAAUAAAGACAUAGAUGAAACUUAGACAACUUAAAUUGGUUUAAGUAAUAAUAUUCCUCCCCCUCCUCCAAUUUUAUAACCUAAACUUAUCUCUGAAUAUGUUCCCGAAAAAAAUGAAGAAAUGUUGCAGAUUGAAAGUUAUUACAGGAAUCAAAAUCAAAUUGAUUUAAUAAAAAAUAGUGAUGAUGAAGUUAAGAAUAGUAAUAGUAAAUCUAAUUAUUCAGAUUUAAUAAAUAAAUUAUAGUUUGUAAUAUAUUUAUUUAUUUUAGACUAUAGAUAGUAAAUAAAAUAAAUUUUGUUAAUCAGAAUAUAGCAAUAAAUAAUUAGCUGGAGCUAGACAUUUAGCCUAGGUUUCUGAUUUAGAUCGUGAAUCUCCUCAAUUUAAAAAUGCCAGAACUUAAACCAUUAAAGAUUUUUCAUUCAUAUAAAAUACACAAAAUAAAAUUGAUAAUCAAAUCAAUACAAAAAUUUACAUAGUUCUAAGUGAAAUAGCUAUUUUAAAAUCAAGUUUUGGCUAUCUUGUUGGUGUUUAAGAAAGAAUUUCAAUAUCAAUUGUCAUAAUAACUUUAUCAUCAUUAAUAGAUAUGAUUUUAUUUAGUGAUUUGAUGCUAUUCAGUAAUCUUAUUCAUAUAUUAAAGUCGCAAGACCUUCAAUGGUCACAUAUUUGA